AUGCCUGCCACAUACGCCGCCUACUAUAACCUCAUGGAGGCAGAGAAGAACAGCAGAGUAGCCUCAGCCGCAAACAAAGCUCGGAAAAGACCAAAGCGUCGGCCUAAGGAUAACCUCUAUGAGCCUGCCCUCGCAGACAGUGAGCGGGAAGCCGUUGCUGACCUUCUACAAUACCUUGAGAACCGGGCAGAAACAGACUUCUUCACCGGCGAGCCACUGCGAGCUCUGAGCACACUUGUGUAUUCGGACAAUGUCGACCUGCAACGAAGUGCCAGUCUAACGUUCGCGGAGAUUACAGAACGGGAUGUGAGAGAGGUCGACCGGGACACUCUGGAGCCUAUCUUGUUCCUUCUGCAAAAUCCCGACAUUGAGGUGCAAAGAGCAGCCAGCGCCGCGCUCGGAAAUCUUGCUGUCAACACCGAGAACAAGGUUGCCAUUGUUCAACUCGGCGGUUUGCCUCCUCUCAUCCGACAAAUGAUGUCGCCCAAUGUCGAGGUGCAGUGCAAUGCAGUGGGAUGCAUCACGAACCUGGCCACUCAUGAAGACAACAAGGCAAAGAUUGCCAGAUCGGGAGCACUAGGGCCAUUGACAAGGCUGGCCAAAUCCAAGGACAUGCGAGUUCAGAGGAACGCCACGGGCGCAUUGUUGAACAUGACACAUUCUGAUGAUAACAGACAGCAACUGGUCAAUGCUGGAGCCAUCCCCGUUCUCGUCCAACUUCUCUCCUCGCCUGACAUGGAUGUCCAAUAUUACUGCACCACCGCUCUCAGCAAUAUUGCUGUUGAUGCAUCGAACAGAAAGAAACUCGCCCAGACUGAGUCACGCCUCGUUCAAUCAUUGGUGCAGCUCAUGGACUCCGGUACUCCCAAGGUCCAGUGUCAAGCCGCCCUAGCUCUUCGAAAUCUUGCCUCCGAUGAAAAAUAUCAGCUGGAAAUUGUACGAGCUCGAGGCUUACAACCACUUCUCCGACUCCUUCAGUCUUCUUAUUUGCCCCUGAUUCUCUCGGCGGUCGCCUGUAUCCGGAACAUUUCCAUACAUCCUCUGAACGAAUCGCCGAUCAUCGAUGCUGGUUUCCUCAAACCCUUGGUCGAUCUUCUCGGUUCGACGGACAAUGAGGAGAUUCAAUGCCAUGCAAUCUCCACCCUCCGAAAUCUUGCGGCAAGCUCGGAUCGCAACAAACAACUCGUUCUGGAAGCUGGGGCGGUGCAGAAAUGCAAAGAAUUGGUCCUUUCCGUUCCUCUGAGCGUACAAUCCGAAAUGACUGCUGCUAUUGCUGUCCUCGCACUGAGUGACGAACUCAAAACCCAUCUCCUCAAUUUGGGCGUCUUUGACGUUCUUAUCCCGUUGACAGACUCGGAAAGCAUUGAAGUUCAGGGCAACAGCGCCGCGGCCUUGGGCAACCUGUCGUCGAAAGUCGGUGACUAUUCCAUAUUUGUUCGAGACUGGACCGAACCAAACGGUGGUAUUCAUGGUUAUUUGAAACGUUUCUUGGCCAGCGGAGAUCCCACCUUUCAACACAUUGCUAUCUGGACCUUGCUUCAACUUUUGGAGUCUGACGACAAGAAGCUUGUGAGCAUGGUCGCCAAAUCUGAAGACAUCAUCCAGAUGGUGAAGACAAUUGCCGAUAAGCAUGUCGAAUCAGAUGACGAGGAAGGUGAAGAGGGUGAGGGAGAAGUCAUUGCCCUUGCUCAAAGAUCGUUGGAAUUACUUGGGAAAGGACCCAAGCAGACAUUGGUGGAGGGAUGA